AAGACACCUUAGCUAUGUUUGAAUCUGUUCCCUAUCAUGGAAAUAGUGCACUAUAUGGUGUGUUAGCCAUUUUGUAGUGGUGCUCGCAAAUUUGAGUGUGGAUAUGGGGGAAGAAAAUUCCAGCGUAGUGUCCAAAAUCUUUAUUCUAGGGAAUAAUGAACAAGUGUGUGAGGUGUUUGUGAGGGGACACAGAGAACACGUCCAAGGUGGAGCCCUCCAAUGGGCACAGCAGGCCCCUGGAGAUCGUGCCCAGUACAGAGGAGAAGAUGACAGACAGGGGUCAGUGGGGCAACAAGAUUGAGUUUGUUCUGUCGGUGGCCGGAGAAAUUAUUGGCCUGGGGAAUGUCUGGCGUUUCCCCUACCUUUGUUACAAGAAUGGAGGAGGUGCCUUCUUCAUACCAUACCUCAUCUUCCUGUUCGCUUGUGGGAUUCCGGUCUUCUUCCUGGAGACAUCUCUGGGCCAGUACACCAGUGAGGGAGGCAUCACCUGCUGGAGGAAAAUCUGCCCACUGUUUGAAGGAAUUGGUUAUGCCACCCAGGUGAUUGUUGCUCUACUUAACAUCUACUACAUCGUCGUGUUAGCGUGGGCCAUCUUCUUCCUGUCCAACUCCUUCACCUGGGAUCUGCCCUGGGCUUCCUGUAACAACACCUGGAACACAGAUUCCUGUAUGGCAUUUCAGAGGGGGAAUAGCUCCAUCAAUCACCAUGAGAACGCCACCUCUCCUGUCAUUGAGUUCUGGGAGCGAAGAGUGCUGAGAAUCUCCUCAGGCAUUGACCACAUUGGCUCUUUAAAUGGAGACCUGGUUAUCUGUCUGGCUGUUGCAUGGGUCAUCUGCUACUUCUGCAUUUGGAAAGGAGUCAAGUCUACUGGCAAGGUGGUUUACUUCACAGCCACCUUUCCUUACGCUAUGCUGCUGGUGCUGCUGAUCAGAGGGGUCACCCUGCCAGGAGCCUCCAGGGGAAUCCACUUCUACCUCUACCCUGACCUGGGACGGCUGGCUGACCCACAGGUGUGGAUGGAUGCUGGAACUCAGAUCUUCUUCUCCUAUGCCAUCUGCCUGGGUUGCCUCACAGCCCUGGGAAGCUACAACAAAUAUAACAACAACUGCUACAGGGAUUGCCUGUCCCUCUGUUUCCUGAACAGUGGUACCAGUUUUAUUGCAGGGUUUGCCAUCUUCUCCAUCCUGGGAUUUAUGUCCUACGAGCAGAACGUGCCCAUCUCAGAAGUGGCUGAAUCUGGUCCAGGUUUGGCCUUUAUUGCAUAUCCCCGUGCUGUGUCCAUGAUGCCGUUCUCCCCUCUAUGGGCCUGCUGCUUCUUCAUUAUGAUUGUCUUUCUGGGACUGGAUAGUCAAUUUGUGUGUGUGGAGAGCCUUGUGACAGCCAUGGUGGACAUGUAUCCUUCCACUUUCCGACGUAAAAACCGCAGGGAGCUCUUCAUCCUGGCAGUGGCUGUGAUGUCGUUCCUCCUGGGGCUCAUCAUGCUGACAGAGGGCGGCAUGUACGUUUUCCAGCUCUUUGACUACUAUGCAGCCAGUGGGAUGUGCCUGCUCUUUGUGGCUAUUUUUGAGACUGUUUGCAUUGCUUGGAUUUAUGGUGCCAACCGUUUCUAUGACAACAUAGAGGACAUGAUUGGCUAUCGCCCCAGCCCUGUCAUAAAAUACUGCUGGCUUUUCUUCACUCCUGCAACAUGCUUUGGAACAUUUGCUUUUGCCCUGAUCAAGUACUCACCUCUGAAGUACAACAAUGAAUACAUAUACCCAUGGUGGGGCAAUGGCAUAGGCUGGAUCCUGGCCCUGUCCUCCAUGCUGUGUAUCCCUGCCUGGGUGGCAGUGAAAUUGUACUACACCCCUGGAACACUGAAAGAGCGCAUCAUUCUCUUGACCACUCCUUCCGAUGAGUUACCGAAGACAAAACAGGAACAGGAGAAGCUGCUGGCCAUCUUUGCAGCAGACGGUGACAGCCUCCAUCAAAAAUCUCCUCCCACUAAGGACGGUUACUUCCCUGUUGAUGAAAAGGAGUCUCAUUGCUAGACACUUGCUGGUUGGAAUCAGAGCCUCUUAGGGGUCAAAGGUCACUCCUCAGCUUUGACACUCUGUCUGGCCCCAUCCUAAUCUUUCUCCACAAUACCUCACCAGACAAGGUGGCAUAACAGGCACGCUGCAGACCUGUAACUGCUGAUCUGCUGCUGGAGCUGUUCUCCUUUGUACACUGCCCUCAGUAUGAUGGCAUCAGCAUUCUUACUUCAAGAGUUACAUCAGUUGGUUUCCAUCUCAUUGCCAGAGGCAGAGUCACAUGUACACUUGAAAAAAUGUGGCCAUUGUUGUAACACAGUGGCUAAGAAUUCACAUUUGAUCGUGUCUGCUUUCUAAGGAAGCAUUUUUUUCUGUUAUGGACAACUCUGUUGUUCAGUUUUUCUGACACAUUCUGGCUACUUUAUUGAUUUUAACAGCUAUCUGCUGUGGAUGGAGCACAUGAGAUGUCACAUGAAUUUAAAAAAAAAAAAAAAUUCUACAAAGCACACUAAUAACCAAUGCUAGAGAAUGCAAGAUUUUGAUUUUUAAAUCUAUGUUUAGAUAAACUGACCACAACUCAGUUAAGCUUUGCUAUGAUUGCUUUUUUUCAGAUUAAUGCUGUUAUGUUCAUUAUUCAAUAUGUUUUUAUUUCUUUUGCUGAACAUUGCAGAGUUGUAUGAAUAUGUGUUUUUUUUUUUUUCAAUUUUCUGAUUAUUGACAUGAUUUAAAUUUAGUCGAAUUUGCCUUAUCUCUAAUGCAUUCAACUGUAUGAAAUGAAAAUGUUAAGUGCCUAAAGGAGACAGUUGUGCCACUUAGAUAAUCUGAACAGGGCAGGCUGGUUGAAGGGUUUUAAUUUCAAAACUCUCCAAAUCUUUUCUCGGCAUCUCUUUUUCUGCUGUAUAAUAAUGACCUUCACUAUGUGUUUCCUUAGAUGUUGGAAUGAGUGGAUGAUCGUUGAUUGCUGAUAGGGAAAACUUUUAAAUGUAUAACUUUUAUAUGCUAAAAUUAUUUUUUAUGACUGCAUAAAAAUACUUUCAUUUAAAACACAUCACUCUUGAAAUAAGUGCUUCUUUUUGGUGGGACACCCUGUUCAUUAUUCAG